AUGCCGGUGCUUUACCACCUCACGCUUCAGAAACCGACGGCGAUUGUCCAUGCGCUGCAAGGCAAUUUCAGCGCCCCGCGCGCGCAGGAAGUAGUUGUCUCUCGCGGCCGCGUGCUGGAGCUUCUGCGCCCGGACGACCAAGGCAAGCUGCAGGCGAUCGCCAGCACUGAAGUCUUUGGCAUCAUUCGCUCCAUCGCCGCCUUCCGCCUGACAGGAGCGAAUCGAGACUACCUCGCGAUCGGCAGUGACAGCGGCCGCCUCGUUAUUGUCCAGUUCUCGGCUGAAAAAAAUGAAUUCGAACGCGUCCACUGCGAAACAUACGGGAAAACCGGCAUUCGCCGCGUGGUCCCCGGCGAGUACCUGGCUGUGGAUCCGAAGGGACGUACCCUCAUGGUUGCGGCUGUGGAGCGGCAAAAGUUUGUGUACAUUGUGAACCGCGACAACAAGGCACAGCUUACCAUCAGCAGUCCUCUGGAGGCUCACAAGAGUCACGCGAUCUGCCACGAUUUGUGUGGAAUCGACAUGGGCUUCGACAACCCCCUCUUUGCUUCUCUCGAACAAAAUGUGGAAUCCACAGACAGGAAACCGGCCACUCCCGGCGUCACGGUUCCGAAGGGCGUGUGUUUGUGGGAGAUGGAUUUGGGUUUGAACCACGUGAUCAAGAAGGCGACGUUGCCGGUUCCGCCGUCUGCACACUGUUUGAUUCCGGUCCCCGGCGGCGGCGGCGCGGAUGGUCCGAGCGGCGUGCUGGUCUGCUGCGGGAACUUUUUGCUGUACAAGAAGCCGGACCACGAGGAAGUCUCUUGCGCGAUCCCUCGCCGCCUCGAGACCGGCUCCGACCGCGGCCUCGUCGUGGUUGCCUUCGCCGUGCACCGCAUGAAGGAUUUCUUUUUCAUCCUCAUUCAGACAGAGUACGGGGACAUCUACAAGAUUGAGAUUUCCCACGACGAGGGCGUGGUGCGCGAGAUCGUGUGCCGCUACUUCGACACCGUCCCGGUCGCGAAUGCGUUGUGCGUGCUCAAGUCUGGGUACCUCUUUGUGGCGUCCGAGUUCGGCAACCAUCUGUUUUACCAGUUCACGGGGAUCGGCUCGGACGCGUCCGAUCCGCGGUGCUCCUCUUCGCACCCGCUCGGGCGCGAGGCGAUCAUCGCCUUCAAGCCGCGACCGCUGAAGAACCUCGCACUGGUCGACGAGUUGCAGUCUCUGUCGCCCAUCACCGACUUGAAAGUCCUCGACGCUCAGGGCACCGGCGCGCCGCAAGUCUACGUGCUGUGCGGCAAGGGGCCUCGGAGCGCACUCCGCAUUCUCCAGCACGGCCUCGGCGUCGAGGAGAUGGCGGACAACGAACUCCCCGGACGCGCGCGCGCAGUCUGGACCACCAAGCUGUCCCACCAGAGCGCCUUCGACGGGUACAUCAUCGUCGCGUUCGAGGGCAGCAGCCUGGUUCUGCAGAUCGGCGACACCGUCGAGGAAGUCACGGACAGUCUGUUUCUGACGAACGUGUCGUCGCUGCUCGUCGCGCUCAUGUACGACGACUCCUUCAUCCAGGUGCACGAGACGGGGAUUCGCCACAUCCUCAAGAGCAAGCGCGUGAACGAAUGGCGCACGCCCGGCGGACGCCGCAUCAAGGCGGCGGACGCGAACGAGCGGCAGCUGGUCAUCUCCCUCGCAGGCGGCGAACUGAUCCUCUUCGAGGUGGACGAGAGCCACACGCUCGUGGAGACCGCGCGACGAAACAUCAACGUGGAAACCACCUGCAUGAGCAUGCAGGCGAUUCCCAAGGGGCGCCUGCGCGCCUCCUUCCUCGCCGUCGGCGGCCUCGACAACAUGGUCCGGAUCCUCAGUCUCGAGAAGGACCGAAACCUGCGACAACUCGCGACGCAGCUCCUCCCGAACAACGCCACGCCCGAGAGUGUCUGCCUCGCCACCCUCACGGGUCUCGGCGCACACGGGAAAGACGCCGGGAAAAGCGAAGACAACGGCGUGCUGUAUCUACACGUCGGCUUAAAUACGGGCGUGAUGAUCCGCAGCGUCGUGGAUCCCGUCCUCGGAACUCUGCUCGAUCAAAGAAGCCGGUUUCUGGGUGGCCGAGCUGUCCGAUUCCACGCGGUGACGCUUCAAGGCCAACCAGCAAUUUUGGCGCUGAGUGAAAAAUCCUGGCUCUGCUACACCUUCCAGCACAAGCUCCACUGCACGCCUCUCAACUACGACCCGCUUGAGUGCGUAGCGUCGUUCUGCUCUGAGCAGUGCACGGACGGUUUCGUCGCGAUUGCAGGUGGUUCUCUGCGCAUUUUCCGUUGCCAGCGACUCGGUGAAACGUUCAGUCAGACGCUUCUCCCGUUGUCGUUCACGCCUCGAGCGAUGGCGGCUCUUCCGCACAUCUCCGCAACCGAGUCGCAAGGCGCCGUGGACGCUGCCGGUGUCGGUCCUUCGCGGCGGGCUGCUGCGCUCGCGAUUGUCGAGGCUGACCACAACGCGUACGACGAGUCGACUAAGGCGGAAAUUCGGCGCGCGCUCAGGGGAAUUAAAGUGAACCAGGAAGAGGAAGAAGAGAAGGAAGAAACCGACGACAUGCAGCUGGAAGAGAAAGAGCAGCACGACCUUCCUGAGGACCAGUACGGAACUUUCAAGGCGGGGCCUGGCAAGUGGGGCUCUUGCAUUCGAAUCGUCAACCCUCUCAUGGCGAUGACGAUUGACAAAGUUUCUCUGGAGACCGACGAGGCUGCACUAAGUUGCUGCUAUUGUGAAAUGGAGGGUUUGCCUCUGCUCGUGGUGGGCACCGUCACUGCAAUGACGCUCAAACCUCGCAAGGUGCCUCAAGCGUCUAUCAAAGUCUUCUCGUACGACGACAAGUUCUCCCUCAAUCUCGUCCAUUCCACCCCGGUGGAAGACUACCCGAUGGCUCUCGCGCCCUUCCGCGGAAUGCUCCUCGCCGGUGUCGGGCACAAGCUCCGUCUCUAUGCCUUGGGAAAGAAACGCCUGCUGAAGAAAUGCGAAUACAAGAAUCUUCCCUGCGGUGUCGCUUUCAUUCGCGUUGCCGGGGACAGACUCUUCGUAGGCGACCUACGCGAGAGUGUCCACGUGAUGCGUUACCGACUCAGCGAAAACCUCUUUUACGUCCUGGCAGACGAUGUCGUCCCGAGAUGGCUAACGAAGGGCGAGGUUCUCGACUACCACACGUUCGUGGCCGCGGACAAGUUCGACUCUGUUUUCAUUUGCCGGGUCCCCAGUGAAGCCAAGCAAGACGAGUUGGGUGACACGACGGGGCUGCGUCUCCGCGGCGACACCACCUACCUCACCGACAAGUGCUUCAAACUUCAGUCGCUUUUACAUUUCCACAUUGGCGAAGUUGUAACUGCCCUCGAACGCGCGACGCUCACCGCCGGCGCCUCGGAAAGCAUCAUCUACGGCACCAUCAUGGGAUCCAUCGGCGCCUUCUCUCCCUUCCUCACAAAACACGAACUGGAUUUAUUUACCCACCUGGAGAUGGUCCUCAGGUCCGAGAAGCCGCCUCUGGGCGGCCGAGAGCAUAUCAUGUUCCGCUCCUACUACCACCCGGCGAAGAACACUGUCGACGGCGAUCUGUGCGAAAGCUACGCGCUCCUGCCCUACGACGUCCAGAAGCGAAUUGCACAGGAUUUCGAGAAGACCCCAGCUGACAUUUUGAAGCACCUUGAAGAUAUUCGAAACCGCAUCCUGUGA